AUGAAGAUGAAUAAACUCGAUGAAGCCGAAAAACAUCUUCGUUAUCUUCAGGACACGAUGCCGGAUAAUCAUAAAGAUGUUAUUUCUUUGUAUUCUAAGCUCGGAGACCUCGCAUUUGCUAAAGAUGACUUAACAAAAAGUCUCCAUUGGUAUCAACGAGCAUUAAAACGAAAAAACCAAACGCUCAAAUGGGAUGAUCUUAAUAUUGCCGAUAGUUACAAUAGUAUUGGAAGUGUCUUUGCAAAGCAAAAAGCUCAUGAAGAAGCACAUAAAUCUUAUAACAAAGCUAUGGAGAUUUGGAAGCGAAAUUUCGGUGACGAACAUUUGGCUAUUGCAACAUGUCUCAGUAACAUAGGCACGGUCUAUGAUAGUGAGAAACGAUACUUCGAUGCACAUCAGUGUCACAAUCAGGCUUUGAUGAUUCGUAGAAAACAUCUUCCUCCUGAUCAUCCAGAUGUGGCUAUAUCGUUACAUAAUUUGGGUGUUGUUCACAAAAACAUUGGUGACUUGAAAAAAGCGCUACAAUAUUUCGAAGAGUCACUUCUAAUUAAACAAAAGUCACUUUCAUUCCGGCAUCCAUCCAUUGCCUUAACAUGGGAGAAUAUGGCUUCUGUUUAUGAACAGGAUCUUGCAUUUCAGAAAGCGCUUAUGUAUUACGAAAAAGCGGCUGAAUGUUAUAGUUCUGAGGAUGCGUCUACCAAGAAAAAACUUGCUAAUGUUGAACAAAAAGUACAACGUGUCAAGUCUAAAAUGCCAAAAAGGUCACGCUAA